AUGGAAGUUGGCAACUCGAACAGUGCUACUCAGCGGAGUGCUCUUAUUUUCCCUGCCGAUGGUACCUCAGUUCGGCUUGUAUCAUACAGUAUCAAACAAAAAUCCGAAGGAGAUGGUUCGGUCGACUUUUAUGACUACCUCCCAGACUUAAGGCCAUGGCUGGAGCCCGCUUUCCUAGAACGAGAUUUCGUCGACUUCCAGGUUGACAAUAACCCAAGCAGGGACUGGUUACAAUCUGAAAACCCGGACACUUGGGGGAACUAUUGUCUUUACUAUACCACUUCCCCCAAGUUGCCAGUUAAUCAGGCCUGCAGAGACGUUAUUAAAUUCGCCCCACCAGCGGAACGACUCUUUUUCAAGGGGGACGUCAUUCUGGUAAAGCACGAAGGAAGUUUGGGUAUGGAUCAUGAGUAUAUUAAUACGCCGCUGACUAUGGUGGAUAUUACUGCGAGGGUUAUCAAAAAGAUGUACGAAAAUCAGUAUCUCGAGAAGAAGGUAGAAUCAGAUAGGAAUUUCGAGAGAGAGUUGGAGAAACACAAAGUUCGGCAUCCGGAAAUAUAUUCGGCCAUCGAGACAGGUGCAAUAGAGAGGUUUAGAACAGGUCAAAUGACAGAAGAAGAUGUACCUCAAAUUGCUGCAUUGGGAAAGUAUAGGGUUGGAUUUCCUGACGGCAGUAGCAAGAAACUUCUAGGUUGA